CCACAGGAAGCUUGACGCUGCACGGGAGGGGGGGGAAAGGGGGUGGGGGCAGGCCACACCACAGAGCCUGGGACCAGAAGGACACACAGACGCAGGGCUCUGGCCAGUGAGGGCAAGACUGGCCAAGGAUGGUGACACCCAGGACUCUGGAGGUCCUGCUUCUCUCGCUCCUCCUGCUCUGGGCCUCAGGUAUGGAAAAUUCUAGGAAGGAACUGAAGAACGAACCUGAGCAACCGAGAAAUGUCUGCCUGGGGCUCAUCAAUAAGGGCCAGUAUGAAUCUUUCCACCUGGGGAAUACUGCUAAGUGCUUUUCGAAGUGCACGCAGUCAAACACUGAAGCCUGUGACCUGGAAAACUUGCAAAGGUACUGGCUGAAAUUUGAGGACCAUCUGGUGGAGAGUCAGUCGGGCAUAGUGAAUAUGUCUUUUUUGAAGGCUGCUGUCCAGAAUGUCAGCACCAACAUCUCAGAAGACCUGCUCUUCUCUCUGACGCCUUCCCAGGUUCCAAGGCAGAUGACAGAGGAUGAGCAUGAUCAUCCCGACAGAGUCCGGCUGCCCAGGAGCCUCUUUGAAUCCCUGCAGGGCAACAGGUCGGAAGUCUGGCUGGCCAUCACCAUCCUGGACAUCGGUCCGGGGAAUCUCUUCAAGGGGGCCCAGCUCAGCCCGGAGGACAGCAGCCACGUGUUGAACAAUCGCCUGGUGGGCUUGAGUUUGGGCCGUAUACCUGUUGGCCCACUGGUUGAGCCUUUGGAGAUCACCUUCUCCCACCAGCACCUACCCCCUAACAUGGCCCUCAGCUGUGUAUUCUGGGAUGUGACUAAAGGGUCAACAGGACGCUGGUCUUCCACGGGCUGCUCCACGGAGCUCAGAGCCAAGAGGACCAUCUGCCGCUGUAACCAUCUGACCUUCUUUGCUUUGCUGCUGAGGCCGAUCUUGGACCAGGCCACCGUGCAAGCCCUCGUUCGCAUUUCCCGGGCUGGCUGUGGAGCCUCUAUGAUCUUCCUGGCCUCCACUGUCAUCCUCUACGCUGCCCUAAGGUUCUACCGGCAGAGGUUCAAGUCAGAAGAUGCCCCCAAGAUCCACGUGGCCUUGAGCAUCAGCUUGUUUCUCCUGAAUCUUGCCUUCUUCAUCAAUGUGGAGCGUGACCGUGUGCCCUUGGAUACCGUCUGCUGGAUCCAAGGGGCCAUCUUCCACUACUUCUUACUCUGCACCUUCACCUGGAUGGGCCUAGAAGCCUUCCACCUCUACCUGGUGGUCAUCAAGGUCUUCAACACCUACUUUGGGCACUACUUCCUGAAGCUGAGCCUUGUGGGCUGGGGCCUGCCCGCCCUAAUCGUCAUUGGCACCGGGAGUGCCAACAGCUAUGGCCGCUAUGCCAUCUACGACAAGAUGAAUGGUACCACACUGCAACUGUGCUGGUUCCAUGAGAAGACGGCUCUCUCUGCCCUCUACAUCACUGUCCAUGGCUACUUCCUUGUCACCUUCCUCUUCAGUGCUGUGGUCCUGGGCCUGGUGGCCUGGAAGAUCUUCACUCUGCCAAGUGCCACAGUAGGCAGGGAGCAGGGGCUGAACUGGAAGGGCGUCCUCACUGUGCUGGGCCUCUCAAGCCUCGUGGGUGUGACCUGGUGGCUGGCCAUCCUCACGCCCCUGGGCCUGUCCACCAUCUAUGUCUUUGCCCUAUUCAACUCCCUGCAAGGUGUCUUCAUCUUCUGCUGGUUUGCCACACUCUACUUCCCAAGCCGUGGUGCCAUGUCCUCUUCUUCUGGCACUGCCCGAGUCGACCAGGUCCACACCACGUCGCACGAAUAGGAGACCUCCGUAUGGUCAGGCUGGGAGUUGGCGCUACCUUCUGGACUCAGCUCUGACUCCCUGUGUGACCUCAGGCUGCUCCCUGUUCCCUCUGGGCUUCAGUUUCCAUGUUUGUAUGAUGGGGCUGGGGUGGGAGGAAAUGGGGACCAGGUUGGACCCACCUAGCCCCAAAGGUUCCAUCUAGAUACUUCUGUGGGUCCUAGAGUCCACAAAUCCAGAAUUGCAGGAGUCUAUAACCUACAACUCUAAGACCCCUGGCAGCAGAGAGCGAUGCCCCCCAUCCCUACCCCCUACCUUCAUAGCAAAGCAGCUUAUCUCUGGCAUUGGCCCCUUCCUGAUCUCGGUAAUAAGGGAGUCUGUUGCUCGCACAGCCCCUUGAAGGAGCCUAGCCUCUCCCCUCCCUCCCUCUUGCCACUACCCUCCCACAACCCCACCUCUGGCUGCCUGUCUUCAUCCCCUUAGGCACUGGGGCAGCUGCAGACGAGACCUUUGGGCCUGUCUUCAUGGAUGGGCUCCCACUGUUCAGGAGGUGCCAGCCCUCCAGCUAUCUGUGGACACUGAAUUUCAGGGAAUGCCAUUUAUUCAGUAGCGGGUGUGAUGCCACAAGCAGGCCCUCUCCCCACUCUGACUGCCAGAUGCGUCCUGUCACCGUGGGGUGGAGGGCAGAUGGUCCAGGGCUCUGCACACUCAUGGGCUCAGGGGCAGAGCAGGGGGGCAGCAGGCUGGGCUGAGCAGAGACAGGGCAGG